AUGGAAUGCAAAAAAGCAACUUUGAGCGUCCCAUCUUACGGACAUGUUAUCACCAGCGAGAAGUGGAGAAACUCGUCGCUUAUUCAAGGCUUGAAAGGUGGAGGUGUGAAAAUCGUAUUCGAGACCGAGCUUGGCAUUGCUGACUUCCUCCUCCCGAAUAAGAGCUGCAUCCUCUACCUUUCCGAGUCUGACAUCAUUGCAGACACCGCCUACAAGCGGAAGCUAGUCCGCUACAGGAAUGCCUGCAGCAGCUUCCAGGAGCUGGUACUGGUGGAGAAAACCCGCCUGAGCCAGCAGUACUUCUCAGCCGUGCAGAAGUUUGUGGUGUUGGAACUCGGCCUGACGCUGCUGCCGAUCGGUGGGCAGACGGAGGCUUCGCAUCUUGUUCUUCAAAUGGUUCACACUGACGGAAAGGAAAACCCAUUCAGAAGGAAAAGCUCGUCUGGACUCUUGGACCCGCUGGUCUUGUCCACAGUGCAACAGGUUCCCGGGGUGGGCCGGGUCAAAGCUCUGGCCCUAUUGGAGCAUUUCCCCAGCAUCCAUCAGCUGUGCAACGCAACAGUCGCAGAACUGGAAGCCAUCGUGGGCCAGGCAUCCGCGCAAAGCAUUCACACUUUCUUCUACAAGUCUUCUGAAGUUGGAAGAUGA